AUGAAGCCUCUUGUUCUUGCCUUGCUGUGCCUCUGCACUGAGAUCUUGGCCGUCUAUCUGCCCUUGGGCGGUUCCACCUUUGAUGUUGAAAAGGGUCUGAAGAACAAGACUCUUCCACAAGAGGCCGUAGUCAUGAACUGGGCGACUGGUCGCAGCUUCAAGCCUCUGGACAGCUGUCAGAUGCUGAAAGCAAAGGACAUUGGCCGCGUCAAUAGCAUCAGAAGCGACAGCGCCAACAAGGCCUCCAGCUCCGCGUUCGAUACCGCCAGCGACUACGCCCAGAAAAGCAACAGCCGCGACAAUGCUGCAAGUGCUGCAGAUAAAGCCGCGAAAAAGGCAUCAGCUGCUGCAAAGAGUAACCUGUUCGACAAAAACUCUAAAAGCUCAGUUCCACAGGUUGACCGCGCGGGUUCGUCUUGGCAAAGCGAUGUGAAGGACCAGUCCUGGACAGCGAACACUGACUUCAACGACGGUAACCGUGCGAAGGACAAGGCCGACUACGCUUACGACAAGAGCUUCGACACUGAAGACACCAAGACUGGUGGCGUCGUCAUCUCGCAGGACAACAAGGUCAACAACAUCGACAACGACUACGACCGCGCGUACCAGCGCCAACCAGCAGGCAGCUGGACGCAGCUCCAGGCUGCACAAGACGCUGCAGCUGCUGGGUCCACCAAGAACAGCUUCGGUCGCGAGGCCAACGCCGGCGACCAAGUGUGGAAUGGAAAGCAAGCCAGCAGCGGCCAGGUGGGCACCAACCAGCUCCUCAACGACAAGGGACUACUGGAGGCAAACGGCGGAAACCUUCAGUCUCAGAAAAACGUCUUGAAGGAUGAUAGUACAAGCAGCGGGCUACGGGCUUUCAAGGGCAUUGGCAAUGGAUUGGGUGGUAUCGGUCUUGGUGGACUCGGCGUCUUCAGUGGUGACUUGAGUCUGGCUACGGGUGCCCAGGACUACGGGUCGUCUUCCAAUCAAGGCGCCGCAAACAACCUCCAGAGCCAAAGGGGAAUCAACUUUGGAGAAUCCAACAACAAUGACUUUCAUGGAUCCCUGUUGGCCGCCCAGAGUGACAAGGGCUUCGGAGACAGCAGAGCGGCUUUCGCCAACGACCAAGGAUUCGCUGGCAAGUCCAAUGAUGCUCGUCAGCAGUCUCAGGCCGCCAGCAGUGACUGGGGCAAGGCGCUAGCAGCCAAGGCGGCGGAUGAGAACAACAACGACUUCGGGGAGAACGUCCGCUUCAGCGACAACGUCAGGCAGAAGUUCGCCAAGAGCAACCAGGGCACCCAGGUCCUCAAGAAGUUCUUCAACGACGACAACAAGCGCGGCGACAACCACGAGCGUCUCAAGUUCAACCGCGACGACGACCUCGAUAAGUUCGGCUUCAAGAACAACAAGCGCACCGACAGCGGACGCGCCGCAUCCGACGGCAAGCAGACGGUUCGUGACGUAGCGGCCUCCCGCACUGCUGCAGCUGCACGUGCAGCAGAGACAGCGCGAGACGCGCAGCAGAGCGACUGGGCGGACGCAAGGAGCGGCCAAAGUAACCAGAAGGCCUCCGCCUGGAACAACGCCGAGCAGCAGAAAAAAGGCGUCCGCAAUGGACUCAACUUGCUGAAUAUCGAUCAGAACCGAGUGGACAACAGCUACGGGAAGGAUGCUGACAGACACCGAGGGGCCAAGAACUUGCCCUGGCUUCAGUUGCAGGCGGCCUGUAGACUUAUCUCCCUUUCUCUCCUCCCUUCCCCAUCACCCACCACCACACUUUCCCACAGGCAGCUUCCUCUUUCAUGCAAUAAAGAAAACAGUGAACAUGUUCAUGAAAUAUUACAGUUAAGUUUUUUAAAGAAAAUAUGCUGUUGAAGAAAACAAAUAAAGAAUGAAACGAGUUAAGUCCCCUAACCUACAAAACAAAACUCCUAGUAGGUGAUUAAUUUGUUUCCCAUUGGCAUAGCUAGAAAUGUCUGUCAGAUACACUGCACAAUGAUGGUCCCUUGCAAGUGUUGAAAGAAUUGUUCAGCAUCAAAUAUGAGUGUAUUGUAGACUCUAGCAGCAAACUCUAUCAUCUCUUAAUUGCUUCUUCCUUUGCUUUGGGCUUUUUUUUUUUUUAGUCGCGUGCAUUCAUUUCAAUAUAUGGAAUACAGUUCUUUUUUGAAGUCUCCAAUUUAGAAUUUUUAAAGUUUAUAUUAGCAAAAAUCCUGCUUUAUUUGUGAUUUAAAUUGUUAUUCAUUUAUUGAAUUUCUCAACGAAUUUUCCUUUAGAAAUGUUUAUUUACAUACAAUUUAUUUUUAAACAAUAAUCUCAGUCACCUUUAACUAAAUUCGUUAUGGCGGGGGAACGAAAAUGUGUUUUUAUAGAGACCGCAUACUGAACCAGUAAUAUUUUAUUCCAUAUUUAAUAGUCUACCAUACUGAAGAGGGGCAAAAGUGAUUGUAGUGUAAACAAAUGUUCGCGUUUAGUUGUAGCAUUGAGGUUUUUCGUCGCUAAAUAGCUCUCAAAAUCCGCCUUGGUUUCCAAGUGUGUGAGGUCAAUGUUAAGCAUCUGACCGUUCCUAUCAAUCCUUUGUAAGUACUGUACAUCAGCUUUUUCAGCAUUGCUUGAUAUUACUAUGUAUUGUUGGCAAUGCUCGUUUAUAUUUGUUGUACUUGUUGGACGCUGACCACAGAUCAAGAGUUUCAAUGUCCAUAGUAUUUGCCAAUAGUCGGACACAAUGUGUCUGUUUUUGCAGCUGGUUCUGUACUACUGAUGACUUCAGCCAUGUUUUGGCCACGUCCUAUGCAAUUUUUGCACCACUGCAGCUCUUUUGCUCACAAACAUCAUCACGGGGACUACACCAUAAAAAUAAAUUUGUGUCGAACAUGAA